AUGGCGACAAAUAGACCUCAGGCGGCGACAGGCAGACCUCAGACGACCUCAGGCGUCGGGCGGGCGCGUUUCCAGGAGUGGCCGCGGGGCGGCCGGAAGAAGCGGCAGGCGGCCGUGGAGCUGAACCUGGGGCAGGUAGUGGCCGCCCUGCAGCGCCAGCGCCGGGCCCGCAAGGAGGACGCCCCCCGGCCCCGGCCCCGGCCCCUCGUCAUCGCCGUGUCGGGCUCGGCGCCGCUGCUGCCCAAGGCGGCGCCGUGCGGGCCGGCGCCCCCGGCCCCCCACAACCCGCUGGACUCCAGCGGGCCCCUGCUCAAGAAGGGGAAGCAGCGCCUGGUGCCCAAGCCCAAGAAGCCCACGCCGCUCAAAAAGAUCAUCCUGAAGGAGCGGGAAGAGCGGCGGCAGCAGCGACUCCUGGAGCAGGCGGGGGCCCCCCCAAACCCGGGACCCCCCAAGGCUCCGGCCCCUGAGGACCCCGGGGACCCCGGUGACCCCGCCGACCGGCCCGAAGCCCCCGCCCCCGCCCCCGCCAUCCACAGCCGCCGGUUUAGAGAGUACUGCCAGCAGCUGGUCCCCCGGGAGCUGGACGCGUGCGUGUGGGCGCUGCUGCGGGCGCUGCGCGGGUUCCAGGAGCGCGGGUUCCUGGAGCGGGGGCUGCCCCGGGAGCGGGAGCGGGAGCGGGACCCGCACCCGCGCCCCCGGCCCAAGCGCCGCCUGGUCCUCGGCCUGCGCGAGGUCCGCAAGCACCUGCGCCUGCGCCGCCUGGCCGCCGUCCUCCUCUCCCCCGACUGCGAGGCCGUCCGCGCCACAGGGGGCCUGGACGAGCUCCUGGGGGAGGUGGUGGGUGCGGCGGGCCAGCAGGGCGUGCCCCUGGUCUUCGCCCUGAGCCGCCGGGCCCUGGGCCGCUGCCUCAACAAGCCCGUGCCCGUCAGCGGCGUCGGAGUCUUCAGCUACGACGGGGCCCAGGACCACUUCCACCGGAUGCUGGAGCUGUCGGAGGCGGCCCGCCGGGGGUACCAGCAGCUCGUGGCCGCCGGCGCCACCCUCGCACCCGCCACCCCGGACCCCCCGGGACCCCGACCACCCCCGGACCCCGCCGACGACCCCGCCGAGGCCACCGCCGAGCCGCGCUACAUCCAGGUGUGGCGGCAGGAACUGUCCGAGUACCGGCCGUCGGACCCGGAGUCGGACCCGGAUUCGAACCUGGACCCCCCGCUGACCCUGGCCGGGCUGGACCUGGGCGGGGAGACCCCCGCUCCUCUGGUCUAGACGCCCCCCCUCCCCACCAUAAACACGAUUCUCGAACACA